AUGAGAAAUCUCAGCUUUGUUCGCUCAACUGUGAAAUUUUUCCUCGCAGCCAGCGUUGUGAACGCUGUACGACAGCUGCCUGCCGAGGUAGAAGUCGACCUCAUUUUCCCGCGCGACAACGAGACGUACGCGCCGACGCAGCUACUUCCCAUCGUCUUCGGUUUCAAUAAUCUUCACGCUGUUUGGCCUCUGAACAUUGGUCUCGACGUGAGCGUGACGUCCAUCGGCGACGACUUCAAUGAGAGCAGACCCGAUUGGAAAUCGCGAUGGGUUGGGUUUCCUAGCGAUUGGCUUGACAAUAUCGUCGGAGAUUCUCCACCUAGACAGUAUCUUCACAUUGAGUCGGUCAACAUGACCAACGGAACAGCAGACUCGUUCAAACUUCUAUGGGAGGUCAAACUCCCAUACCGAUGCUUUGCCAAGAACGACACGGAGUCCGGGUGGUCAAACGGGCCCGGGCACGCCUCACGUGGAAUUUUCUUUCAAACAGCACACGGUGCGCAGCGUCCUGAUAUCGAAGCUGCCGUCAAUUCAUGCGAUGAGUCCGACAAGAACACCUCGGUUGCAGUGCGUAUCACCGACUUCAGAAAGACAUACUCUUACGACAAGCCAUGCCCGGUUUUCGAGACAGAUGUGAAUCCGAAGUGCGCAUUCAAGUCAGCUGCUAAGGAGAUCGCGGCGAACGUGUCUGCCGCGAUGCUCAGGGGAAUGAGAUGCGAGGAGGGCGAGUGGCAGACAAUCACUGCGCCAUGCCCACGGAAGGAGAGCAAGGGAUGUGCCUCAGGCUUUGUGGUUGGCUGGGCCCUACUUCCGCUCGUAUUAGCCGCAGUCAACUUUCUUUGA